AUCCAUCCACACCGCUCUUGGGACUGCAAGUCUUGGCCUUAUCUGCUGCGUCUUACAACGUACGCGGGCACCCUUCCCCGGCUGCCGUUGCAUUCCUACCCGGCGACUCUCCCUGCAGCUCAGCCUACAACGUACAAGCCUACACUAUCCUCUAACCUGCACCUCUCCUGAUCCGGCUUGGCCUUGUACAACAUAUACGAUCCUCAUACAUACAUACGUCGCUUCGGCAAAAGUGUGUGAAGCCGCAUCCCCCUUCCGAGCCCCGGCCUCACAUCGGACUGCGCAGAGCCGCCCAGGCUUGGUGGCCCCCUCUUCUCUCCCCUCAUCUCCUCUCCUUCCACCAUGCCCGACUCAAGAGCGCCCCCAGCCCCGACUCGCUUGCUCGCCGUUCCGGGUCCCAUCGCUGCCCUCUUCAACCGCGUACCCUUAGCUGUGUACCCACCCAACGACCUGCCGCUCCGCUCGCCUUCCUCCGAGACGCACCGCGACACUCCUAUCCUCUAUGUCUUCACAACGCCGGAUGGCGCCCGCACCGGCGCUCCGAGUUUUAAUCCUUCUUGUCUAAAGUGGCAGACAGUUCUCAAGAUCGCCCGCCUCCCCUUCUCGACAGCCCCUUCGACGAACCACGCCUCGCCGACCGGCGCCCUCCCGUUCCUCCUCCCCCCUCCGUCCGCCAUCCCGUCGAACAACCUGCCCAUCCCGUCCGGCGACACCCUCUUCAACCACGUUCUCGCCCACGCCCCAUCUCCCGUCCCCCGCUCCCUCGCCGAACCACUCUCAACACGGCAAGAAGCCUACCUCUCCCUCCUCGAUGCCCGCCUGCGCCCAGCCUUCCUCUACUCCCUCUACCUCACCCCGGCCAACACCCCCGUCCUGUCCGCCCUCUACGUCGACCCGACCUCCAGCGCCUUUUUCGUCCGCGCCACCCUCCUCCGCCAAGUUCGCCACGCCGCCGAAUCAGAAAUCCUCAAGACCACCCGCCGGGGCUUCCUCGACGUAGAAGCCCUCUACGCAGACGCCCAGUCCGCUUUCGCCGCCCUAGAGACCCUCCUCCUCCAGGGAAUCAGCGCCAGCAAGACGGACGCCGACGAGACCAAGACUGGUGGGCCGACGUCGGCCCCGUUCUUCUCUUCUAGCGACGACGACGACGACGACGACGAGGAGGAGGCCGGGCUCUUCGACGCCGAGGUCUUCGCUUACACAAAUAUCAUCCUCGACCAGGCGUUAUGCUGGAACGACACGAGGCUCGCCGACUUGCUGCGCCGCUUCCCGGGGCUGGUGGCGCACAGGGAGCGGAUGCUGGCAACGUACUUUGGCGUAGCAUGAGCUUGCAUCUCCACGUAUUAGAAGGAAACCCCCGGCCCGUACGCCAGGCGCAGAAGACUCGCACGAUCUGCCC